AAAGACUACUUUGAAAAUUUGAAUCAUUCCAUCAAUACUGAUGAUAACCAGAUAAGGUUUUCAGGAGAAAUCAAAUGGCAGCACUUUAUUCAAUUCCAAUACCACCUCAUUUACCAAAAACCCUCCUGAAUUCAAAGCAAAACCCUAACCUCUCAUUUGCACUAUCAACUUCAAUUCCAUUUUCUCCUCCAACCAUCUCUUCAUCAUUUACCAGACCUCCUCGAAUUCAAGUAGCUGCUGCUGAAUCUUCAGCUUCCACUACUACUGCUACUUCUACAGUUAAAGAAGAAGAAGAAGAUGAGAAAUUAGACGAUACAGCCAUCAGUAUUGAUAUUCUGAAGCGAUUUAUUGAUAUCAAUUUAGGGAAAUGGAACGGAUUCUUCUAUCAAUUUGAUUCUCAUGGGAAUUUGCUUCAAGAAGUAACCACAAAGCUUUCUUCCAGUUCAUAUGGUGAUGGUGAAUUGAUUAGUCUAAUUCAAACGCUUUAUAUAAAACAACCUCUAUUAUAUGAGGAUGAGGAAGAAUGGGCAGAGUACAAAAUCAAAGAAACCAAUAUGUUCACUAUAGACAAAUAUCAGCAGAUUGGUUUUUUCCCUAAAGAACGAGCGUUUUCUCUACGGUACCAGACUGCUGGAAUGCUUGAACAUGUAUUGAGGCAAGGGGUUCUUGGAGAAAAUGAUACUGGCGAAGAAUCACCUAAAAACCUGAAGCUUCCUUCUCGUCAGCCUUCCGUUGUUUGUGAGAACUGCCUUAAUUCACAAGUGAAAGAUAUGCGAGCGAGGGCCUUUCAUAUAAUGGACCCAAAAGGCAUUCUUGAAAUGCUUCUUGUCUUUGUCGAAGGAAGAGAUGGCUCGCCUCUUCCGCCUUCCUUUGCUUCCUCUGAGGAUAGCGCAAGUAGGAUCACAUCAUUCCUAGGCAGGUGGGAAGGUCAUUCUAUUACUAAUCGGAGUGGGGUGUAUGAUGCUACAAUUGCUGAAGCAGACACUGUGGCUUUACUUGAAUAUGAUGACAAGGGUCAGCUAAUUCAGGAUAUAACAUCAACAUCUGAUGGCGGAGAUGUCACUACAAAUGUCCACUGGGCAGGAACUGUAUCAGAUAACCUAAUAACAUUUGAUGGAGGCUUCCAAAUGACUCUUUUACCUGGAGGAAUGUACAUGGCGUGCCCUUGUAAUAUAGCAAACAGCAUAGCAGAAUUGAAGUCUUUCCAUUUGGAGUUCUGUUGGUUAGAAUCCCCCACCAAGAGACAGAGACUUAUACGUACAUAUGAUGUUGAGGGUUUGGCAGUGUCAUCAACAUACAUUUACGAAAUCAAAAUUUGAGGGGGUUGUAUGUGAUGUAUAUCCUUGUUUUUGCAUGUCGGGACACGUUAAAUGUGGUAACACAUCAAUUCUUCAUAAUUUGAUUCAUUUGUGAGAUUUACAUCUUUCCUUUU